AUGAAAGCGUUCUACGUGUUGUUCCUCGCUACCGUUACGGCUAUGCCGGCCAAGGAGGAUGGCGUGAUGGAGAAGUUCAUCUCAAAUUUACGGGAUUGUGUUGAAACGGAUACCAUGCUGUGUUUAAAGGAGAAAGCAAUGAAAAUUACCGAAAAUCUAGCCUUUGCAAAGGAUUUUAGCGUGGUUGAUGGUAUAACGUUUGCCAGGACUGGUUCACCAAGAUCAGCACGUAGUUACGAGCCUUUGCCCGAUGACCCUAAAGCACGAGAACUUCAAGUUGAAGAAAGAAUUAUGGACAAUGUUGUAGAUUUCCUCGACAGUCACGCCCUGCAAUUGAGAAUGCCUAAGUCCUUCACUGAAGACAACUCUAUUGAAGAAGAAGGCCGUGGCAAGAAGAAGAAGAAGCUGAAGAAGCUCCUCCCAAUCCUUGCUCUGAUCAAACUGAAGUUGGCUGCCUUGAUUCCUCUAUUCCUUGGUAUCAUAGCCUUUGCAGUCUUCAAGGCUGUCCUCUUAGGAAAGGUCGCUUUCAUCGCAGCAGCUAUUGGAGCUCUGAAGAAACUUCUAGAAUCUAAAUCCAAGGGCGGCGGUGGUGGUGGAUGGUCAGAGCCAGCUCAUGAAGAGCAUGGUUGGGAAAGCGGUGGUGGAUGGGGACGGUCACAGGAUGCCCAAAACAUGGCAUAUGCUGCCCAUGUCAAGCAAAUU